AUGUGGUCCCCUAUAUUUUCAGUGAUCCGUCGUUACCCUCAUGGUACGGAUGAGUCUACCAAGCGCAAGAUAAGGUAUCAAGCACGACGUUUAGAAGCAUACCACGGAAGGCUAUACCGUAAGAACAACGAUCCCACAUACUUUGGGCCUGAAGUCCUUCAUCAACGCAAUAUCGAAGAAGUCGUCAUACAAGUACAUAAUGAAGGUCAUUUCGGUGAAGUCAAAACAUGGCAACGCAUUUGUGAAAACUUUUGGAGUCCUGGUCUAUCCCACUGUUUCAAAAAUUUUGUCAAAGGAUCCCAAACGUGUCAAUUUCAACAACGUGUUCCAAGGCGGCGUUACGCUCAAGCACAUCCCAUCAAAACACCAACACGUCCAUUCUUUACGAUCGGCUGUGACGCAGUAGGUCCCACUUUAGAGCCAACAAGACAUCGAAAUAGCUAUCUAUUGGUUGCAAUUGAUUACUUGACAAGGUGGCCGGUAGCAGCCGCAGUGCCCAAUAUCAACGAGGAAACAACGGCAGACUUCUUAUUUAAUCACGUGGUGAAGACCGAUGGUGUCCCUUCAUAUAUUUUGACGGAUCGAGGAUCCAAUUUUACAUCAGCAUUUGUAUGGGAAUUCUUACAAGAUAUGGGUUGCAGGCACAUUACUACCACGGCAUACCGCCCUCAAAGCAAUGGUCUAGUGACCCACAAAAUUGUUCAAAUGUUUUGUACUUUUGCAUAA